UUUGUCUAUCUGUCAAUUAAUUUUCACUGCUUGUAAAAUUUGGUUUAACUCUAUUUUAAAUUAUGUAAAAAUACUUUUGCAGUGCCUAUUUUAAGAGAGACUCAUAAUUCAUACUCGUAGUAAUAGUUUUUCGUAAAUUUAGCUUUAAUUAAAUUCAACAUGGACGGAUCUUCAGCAAAGAAAUCUUCUUCUUUUGAAAAAUUGGUAAUACAAAACAUAGAAAAUGUAAGUGAUUUAAAAACAAAACUCAACGAAAUAAUUUCAGAAGGCAAAAAUUAUGAAUACGAUGUAUCGUCAUGUCUUAAGGCCUUAUUAAAAAGUAGUGACCAAGUAAUAGUAUUGCUGACUGUACAGGCAAUAUCAGAACUAGCGAAAUGCCCAACUAAAAGAGAAACAUAUGCUGUAAAAGAUGUUAUUCAAGUUAUUUUGCUAAUGUUAAAUAAGGAGGUAACUUUAGAACGAAUAGAUUUAAUAAAACAGUGCUGUAGAGCACUGGGGAAUUUAUGCUGUGAUUGUGACACAACUAGAAAAAUAUUAAUUGAAAGCAAUGGUAUUGCAACUCUUUACAACAUUAUGGAAAUCAGUAUAACUCAAACAAAUAUGCCAUUAAAUGAAAUAAAAUUGCUUACAUGUAAAACAUUAUUAAACUUCGUUAUCGGUGGGCAAGAAUACUCAGAAUCAUUAGUGAAAGGAGGUUUAAUAGAAUGUGUAAAAAAAAUAUUAUCUAUGGAAUUUAAGAAGGAACAAAUGGAGGAUGAUCUUGUAUCUACAGUUUUGUUAAUAUUAAGUGUGAUUAAUGACAAUGAUCCUGAAUUUCUGUAUGAUUCAAAUGUAAAUACUGCUGUGUUGAACAUAUUGAAGGAAACCACUAAUAUUGAAGUUUCCGAGUUGUGUUUGGAGCACUUACAUACUCAAGCUGAACAUGAUACAGUGAAAACUCUACUUGCUAAUGAAGGAGGUGUCAACUUGGUAUGUCUACGUCUUGAGCAACUUGUGCAAAGGCUUGACUCUGGCGAGUUAACUGCUGAUGACAGUGAAGUUGAUACUGUUAUGAAACAAGCUUGUGACCUUAUUAUUAUUGUGUUGACUGGAGAUGAAGCUAUGAACAUCCUCUAUAACAACGGAGAAGGUGAAGUGUACUUGACUAUGGUAAGGUGGUUGGAUUCUAAGAAUUACCAGCUCCUUACCACAGCAGUGCUUGCUAUCGGUAACUUUGCUAGACGGGAUGACUACUGUACACAGAUGAUGGAUGACAAAAUCUUCGACAAAUUGCUUGAUAUUUUCGAAUUGUACCACGGGUACAGCGUGCGCUCGCAGGCGGAGAGUGCGGAGGGCGCGGAGAGCGCGGACAGCACGGAGGGCUCGGUGGACGCCAACACGGCGUGCCGUCUGCAGCACGCGGCGCUGUCCGCCAUGCGCAACCUCAGCGUGGCGCCGCGCAACAAGCGGGUCGCCGCGCGCACGCGCGCCGCCGCCGUGCUCGUGGCCGCGCUGCCCGCCGUGCGCGACCACCACGUAGCUUACAAGCUGCUGGCCGCCAUUCGCAUGCUCGUCGACGGACAAGAGAGCGUGGCGCGAGUGCUGGCGGGGAGCGCGGACGCGCUGCGGGCGGCGGCGCGCUGGGGAGCGGACGCGCACGCGGGCGCGGGCGGGGAGGCGCCGCGCCUGCUGGCGUGGCUCGUGCGCCUGCUGCCGCGGGACGGCGCGCUCGCAGGCAUCGUGCAGGCUGAAGGCUGUAUCUCAAGUUUGGUAAAUAUGCUCGUGGCGUCUCACUCCGUAAUGCAGAACGAGGCCAUCCUAGCUCUCACUCUACUCGCGAUACACACGCUCAGAAACACGCCUGAGACUAUCGAUAUCGAGAAGAGUUUCGUGACUCAGUUAAUAAGUUCGGAAAUAGGUAAGCACGUUUCGGUACUUAUGGAGACGAAUUGCGCUAAAAUGCCGGUAGAAGUCGCAGAGAACCUCGUUGCCUUCCUUGAUAUCACGUCGAAGAACAACACCAUCGUAUCCGAUUACAAGGAUGCUAAAGUUCACGAAUCCUUGAAAAAAGUCGUAGAAUCUAGAAAAGAUUUUAGUGAUGCACUUAAAUCAUGUAUUGAUAAUAUUAAUACUGUUAUAUCUGAUGAAUAGGGAAUCUGGUUUAAAUUUAACGUUAGAGUUAUAAACUCUAAUAGUGAUAAUGGUCUUAUGCUUGUCAAAAUUGUUAAAUUCUAAUCAUAAAAUAAUAACUUUAAACCGUUUUCUAAAAUUCUAAAGCUUCGAAAGACACAUUCCGAAAUAGUUGCUAAAAUGUCUUUUCACGGGCUUUGAAAAUUGUUUUAAAACGACUCCGGUUAUUAACUGUUUCCAAUAAACUCCAAUUUCUUACUAUUACUAGUUUUAUAGUAAUAUUGUUUUUUCGGAUAUUUGACCGAGUUUACCAUUAUAACGUUAUUGUUACACACAAUUUUUUGUAAAUUCGAAAGACAAAUUUCAAAUUUAAUAUUUAUCUAUUUCAAAACUAGGCUACACGUGGUUUGCUUGUUGAUUUAUAUAAAAAAAGGACCUUAACUUUAGUGCCAACAAUAUCUGUACAAAUUUCUGUACAAAAAUCGCAUAGUUUACGAACAGAAAUAGGCAUUCAUUUUUAUAUACAAUAUUACUGAAAAAACGAGUUCAUGAGGCAUCUGGUGAUUAGAUCUAGGCUCUAACUGUUGUAAAAAGUACUAGCGGUCGCAUAGUUACCGAAAUUCUAUCAUUAGCCUAAAUUAGAGAAAAUAUUUCAUAUAUUUUCCAUAUUUGAAAAACUUUUAUCUAGACUUAUUUCUGUUUUUGUAUUGUUAACACUAAAUCAUGUCAAUGGCUACCAAACAGAAGAGUAAAAGAUAGUGAACUGUUUUGUCUUU